AUGAGCAGUGAAGUUAGUGCAGUUUUGCAAAACUUAAUAUCUAACGAUUCAAAAUUGGGUUCAAGAUUAUUAUCUCUGUUGUUGGUAAAUAGCGGGAAUGGACAAGAAAUUAUUAAAGCAAUUAACAAAGGAGAUGACGAUUCCUUAAAUAAAUUAGAUCUAAGUAUACUGAAAAAUUUAGACACGACGAAUAUUUUACAAACUGUAAGUACUACAUUAAAUGAAUCAACGACGACGGCGACGACGACGACGAAUAAUAAUAUCAGUACGAUCGUUCCCGAUGAGAACGAGAACGAGAACGAGAACGAAGAAGAAUUACAAAUACUAAAACGUAAAAGAAAUACAGAAGCAUCUGCUAGAUUUAGAAAACGGAGACGACAAAGAGAAUUGGAUAAAUUAGAUAAAUUAAAAUCUUUGCAAUUGCAAAUUAGUCAAUUUAAUGACAAAAUUAAUUCUUUAAUCGAUGAAAAUCAUUAUUGGAAAUUAAAGUUGAAAAAAAUUAAUGAAAGAAAAUCAACUGAAUUAUUAAAUCAAAUCAAACGUAGAAAUAUGCAAAAAUAA